AUGACCCUCGAGGUUUUCUUUUUCAACUCCAGCGUAUCUAACUACGCCGAACAUUCCGGCGUAUACGCGACAAUGUCAUUCGGCGCUCUCGUUAUGAGCGACUACGCCAUGUACUUCAACACGAUACGCGACGUCUACGAGGCAUGGGUGAUCUACAACUUCCUCUCGCUCUGCCUCUCCUGGGUGGGGGGACCGGGUGCUGUGGUGACGAGUCUGACAGGGCGCCUGCUCAAGCCCUCCUACCUGCUCAUGACCUGCUGCUUCCCGCCCAUUCCCUUGGACGGUCGCUUCAUCCGGAGGUGCAAGCAGGGCUGUCUGCAGUUCGUGUACUUAAAGCCCAUCCUGGCGGCCACGUGUCUGUGCCUCUACUACUACGGGCUCUAUGAGGACGGCAACUUCGCCCUCUCAGACGGCUACAUAUACAUCACCUGCAUCUACAUGGCAUCCUAUUCCGUGGCGAUUUACGCCCUCAUUCUCUUCUACGUCGCGUGCCGAGAGCUCCUACGCUCUUUCAACCCCGUGCCCAAGUUCCUGAUGAUCAAAGCAGUCGUCUUCCUGACCUACUGGCAGGGCGUGCUGGUCUUCAUAGUGGCGCAACUAGGUUACGUACACAGCGCAGAGGACGCGGCUGAUUUACAGAACGUGCUCAUUUGCGCCGAGAUGGUGCUGGGGGCGCUCGGCUUCAUGCACGCCUUCCCCUUCAAGCCGUUUCUGCAGGCCAACGUGGCCAUGAAUGGGGAACAUGCGGGGCUGCUGCGGUCGAUUAAACAUGCCAUCAACUUUACUGACGUUGUCAGCGACACUGUUCACCAGUUCGCCCCCACGUACCACGACUAUGUGCUCUACAGUGAUGGCACGGGGGAGACACACCACUACCGCACACGCACCUUCGUCCCCUCAGGGAGGGAGAUGGAGUCGUGCAGGCGCUCUGCCAGCAGCAGCAGCCAGCCGCACCACUUCACAGACCUCGAGGCCCUCUCCACGUCCGACCGUCCAGCUGGCCCCACCACAAUCACCAGCCCUCAGGGCGCUGGCACUGACUCCUCCGAUUCUUUCCUCUCAGGCACACAGCUCAUCUCAACCGUUGAUCAGCCUGAUGGGAAGCUGGUCAACGGUGGAAAUGGGAAAGACAGUGGUUCUGGGGGCACGGAGGGCGCUGGGGUGUUGGGCAGCACGGUGGGCGUGGCUUUGGCUGGAGGGACGUUUUUAGCUGCGAGGUUAGCAGCGGCGUUUUCUGCAGCGGCUGAUAUGUCAUCGGCGGUAGAUUCGACCGAAGCGAACGAUCCCACAUCUGCUCCGCUGGGGUUUACACUGUCGUCAUCGAGUGCACAGGGUGGAGGGUUUGUGGAGAUGGAAGAAGACUUGGAGCAGCAGCCGCACCACCACCAACAGCUGAAACAGCAGCAGGAGCAGAUGGCGGAGGUGGGAAUUUUACGGGAGGCAAUGGAGAAGAUGGGGAUGGCUUCGCCUCCUUCUAGAGGGGGGAUGAGGCCGUAUGGAGCUUCGGCCGAACCUGGGGAUGGCGACGACCCUACGCCGAUUACCGAGGCAUGCGGCUCCAAGGUGCCCGUUGCGACGGCGGACAUGCACUUGUGCGAGAACGACGCUGCGUUCAAAGCCAACCUUGAUCGUUUGCGGUUGGAGUUUCAAGAGCGUAUGGCAGAGGAAGCCGCUGCGAAGAAGCAGAAAGCUGAGGAGAAGCAGCAGAAGUCGAAGCAGACCAAGGAGGAGAAGCAGCAGAAACGGAAAGCUGAAAAGGACCCCAACGCCCCCAAGAAACCAGCAACCGCAUACUUCCUGUUCCUAGACGAUUAUCGGAAGGAGUACAAGGAAGAGCAUCCCGACAACAAGAUCACAGAGAUGAGCAAAGCCGCUGGGGCCAAGUGGCAGAGCAUGACUGACGAGGAAAAAGAGGUGUACAAGAAGCGAGCGGCAGAGCGCAAGAAAGAGUACGAGGCGCAAUUAGAAGAAUACAACAUGCAAUCCAGGGUGGAGGGUGUUGGGGAUACGGAGGAUGAUGACGAGAAGCAAGAAGAGGCGCCAAAACCUGCAAAGAAAAAGCGGCUUGUGUCCAAGAAACUUGAAGAGGAUGAGACAAUGAACGAGGAGCUUCAGGAUGACAUUGCAGAUUAG